CUGCCACUGGACUGGAUUGUUGAAAGCUGCACUUAAAGCUGCACAUAUGUCUCCGCCGCUUUCCGUUGACAAGUAGUCGCCUCUUUUAACCGACGUCCGGCAUGGAUGUAUUUGAAUUUGCGGGGGGACCUUGAAGGCAGCAUUGAUCCUAGCACCUUUCAUCUUAAGGUGUAUCAUUUGUGUGAGCUGCGGCCGCUGGGCUGGUAUCGGCGCUUCUUCUUACCUCAGAGUGAAGGAUUGCAACUUGUUUUUAAUCUGUUUGCUUUAUAAAGAGAGUUUAUAUCGCAUCCCGGUACAUCUCCCUGCAUGGGAGACGUCGCAGAUUCAAAAAUGAGCAGUUUGAGUGCGUAUAAGGAACCAUUUGAUAAAAUCAGCUCUGAGCCUGUUGAGGACACAGACACCACCAGCUUUGUGGCAGAAUUUUCCCUGGAGGCCAAUUAUCCAGUGCAGGUGACAGACCCUAAUGAUGCUGUGACACUCCACCUGAGCUCCAUGGCCCCUGGAUUCCUGAGACCCUCCUCAGACAGAAUAAGACAGCCAGUCCAAGAUGUCGAAGAAUGCACCUGCCCAACAUCUACUUCACCAGACUACCCCAAAGAACUGCAGUUAAUUAACAGCCCCUGUGAAAAGUGCUUCUGCCCAGCCCCCCCUCCCAAGAUAAGUGACCUCAUGAACGACAAAGAUCUCCUGGACUUACUGCGGCUCAAGCUGGAUCCAAACCACUGCACCAUCAAAAACUGGAAGAACUUUGCAAGUCGCUGGGGGAUGAGCUACGAUGAACUGACCCUGCUGGAGCACCGGACUCAGGGCUCCUUGUCCCACAGCCCCACCCAGGAGUUCCUGCUCCGCUACAACCAGAAGACGGUCACUGAGCUCACCGAACUUUGCCGCAUUUACCAGCGCAUCGAUGUGCUGCGACUGCUGCAGAGCUGGAUAGAGGAGGUCUGGCCAUCACGCUGGCAACAGACUCAUUAACCAGUUUGACUCACCGUCUCUGUUUCUUCUGUCAGGGAUCUGUUAAGGAUAUCUUCCUCUUCACAAGCUUGGAUACAUUUUUACAUUUCUUUUAUCCUUUAACUUUAGCAAGUGAUUAGAGAGUGUUAAAAGAAAGCUAAAGCAAUCACCAACAACUAAAAAACUCCCUGUAGAAAGUGUCAGUAGCGUUGGGAGCAGUUACAAGACUUACUACUGAUUAACAGGUUGGUAGCCUUGGUCGCAUGGCUUCAUGGAUGGCAAUAAUGUUGUCUGAAAUGAGUGAAAUGUGUGAACUAUUGGGUGGUUUGCAAAGAAAUUUGGUGCAGAUGUCCAUGUUCCCCUUUUGAUGAAUUCUAAUAAUCUCUGUGAUACUGUGAUUUUUUUUUUCUGUAGUGUCAUCAUCAGGUCAACUUUGAAUUUAACUAAUGCUUCUGACUGAAUAUCUGCAGGUCUAACAUCCCCACCAUCCUAGCUCUACUUUGUGUUAAGUGCUGAUUCUUGAAUGUUAGCUUUCAUGACGAUUUAAGAGGGUGAACAUAGUAAACAUUAUACUUUGGCAUUUUGGCACUUUCAAGCUAAAGUUACCCUUUAACUCAAAGCACUGCUGUGUUUAAGUGCAGCCCACAGAGAGCCACUGACAUGACUAGGGCUGGGCGAUAUGGGCCAAAAGUCAUAUCCCGAUAUAUUUAGGCUGAAUAUCAAAAUACGAUAUAUAUCCCAAUAUUUUUAUCGCUAAGUGAGAGCAAAUGUUCAGUCAAAGCCAAAUAUGACAUGUCACAAGUAGUUUUAUUGAAACUGUGUAUUUAAGUGAACAUAAAUACUGUAUAACAACAGGAGUACCUUUUUAAAAAAACAAAAGCUCCAUAAAGUGCUUAAAUAAAAGCCUCAGCUUGCCUGGAGCAAGGAUCACAGUGCAAAUUUGAACUGUGUCGAUAUAUGCGAUAUGGUCUAAUUCCAUAUCACAUUUUAAAAAAUAUUGAUAUAUCGCCCAACCCUAAACAUGGCUGCAGAUUCUUAGUCUACUAAUGUGCACCUGACUAACUGGAUAACAAACAACGCACAGAGUGAAGAGGGAAGGGAAGAGCAGAGUAUUUAUUUCUUAUGAAAUAUUUUGUUUAUUUUUUUAAUGGUACUCAUACAACAUAUAUGGCACAUUAGCAGGAUGUAUGUCACACCCUGUAGUUCACAGCCAAUGUGAGUAAUAAUCAAAUUGACUGUCUCAUGUAUUGUUGUUCUAUUGUUGCCUUUACUAGGGUGGAGGAUAUGGAAUGGAGGUAUGUAACAAUAUAUAUAAUAUUACUCACAAGUAUAAUUAUUGCUUAAUAGAUAUCUCGUUAUUUGUCAUGUCAGGAAAUUUGUCAAAAAAUAACUGAUUUUUUAUUAUUGUAUUUGUUUUGCCAGUAUGAAAUAAACACAUGUCUUAACUGAUGUCAAAAGCUUUAGUCAUUUUUAAAGAAAGUUUAAGGAGCAACAUCCUCUUCAAAGGCAACUGUC